GCAAGAGUGGGAGUUAGGAAAGGGCUGCUUUCUGCUCCCUCUCACUUUUCCACAAAGAGCCGUACCCCUGCCAGACCCAAGUAUCCCACUGGACAGUCGCUUUCACUCUUUGAGAGAGAGGGCAGCCACCCUGGGUCCCAUCCUCUCUGAUUCCCAGCCAAGUUGGUUGUAAUGAGCAGCUGAGCCUGACUGAAACUGCCCUCUUGAAACUACCUCAGCCUGCACCCUAGGAGGAUGCCCUGGACACCCAGCUAGGGCCUGGCCUUGGCUCCAUGCGACUCACACGCUGCCAGGCUGCCCUCGCAGCUGCUAUCACCCUGAACCUCCUGGUUCUGUUUUACUUCUCAUGGCUGCAGCACCAACCCAGAAACUCCAGGGCCCGCAGUCCCCGCCGGACAUCCACCACCACUGGUCCCCGCGUCACUGUCCUGGUGCGCGAGUUUGAGGCCUUUGACAAUGCAGUACCAGAGCUGGUGGACUCCUUCCUGCAACAGGACCCAGCCCAGCCCGUGGUGGUGGUAGCCGAUACCCUCCCCUAUCCACCUCUCGCCUUGCCCCGCGUCCCCAACGUUCGCCUGGCAUUGCUCCAGCCCGCCCUGGACCGGCCUGCUGCCGCCUCACGUCCAGAGACCUACGUGGCCACCGAGUUCGUGGCUCUGGUGCCCGAUGGGUCACGUGCUGAGUCACCAAACCAGCUGGAGCGCAUGGUGGAGGCCCUGAGGGCAGGAGGUGCACGCCUAGUGGCCGCCCCGGUUGCCACUGGCAACCCUGCCCGCUGCCUAGCACUUAACGUCAGCCUGCGGGAGUGGACUGCCCACUAUGCACCAGCGCCCGCUGUGCCCCGCUGCGACGCCCUGGACGGCGACGCCGUGGUUCUGCUGCGCACCCGCGACCUCUUCAACCUCUCAGCGCCGUUGGCGCGGCCGCUGGGCAGCAGCCUCUUCCUCCAAACAGCCCUGCGAGGCUGGCCAGUGCAGCUGCUGGCCCUGCCCUUCGCUGCGGCGCGCCAGCCCCCGCUGGCCACAGCACACGCGCGCUGGAAGGCAGAGCGUGAGGGGCGCGCACGGCGGGCGACGCUUCUACGGGCUCUGGGCAUCCGCUUGGUAAGCUGGUCUGGCGGGCGGCUCGAGUGGUUUGGUUGUGGCAAGGAGAGCACGCGCUGCUUCGGGACUGUGGUGGGCGACACGCCUUCCUACCUGUACGAGGGGCGCUGGACGCCGCCGUGCUGCCUGCGGGCGCUGCGCGAGACUGCGCGCUACGUGGUGGGUGUGCUGGAGGCCGCAGGCGUGCGCUACUGGCUGGAGGGUGGCUCUUUGCUAGGCGCUGCGCGCCACGGGGACAUCAUCCCCUGGGACUACGACGUGGACCUGGGGAUCUACCUGGAGGACGUGAGCAACUGUGAGCAACUGCGGGGGGCUGAGGCAGGCUCGGUGGUGGACGAGCGCGGCUUCGUGUGGGAGAAGGCUGUGGAGGGUGACUUCUUUCGCGUGCAGUACAGCGAAACGAACCACCUGCAUGUGGACCUGUGGCCUUUCUACCCCCGCAACGGGGUCAUGACCAAGGACACCUGGCUGGACCACCGGCAGGACAUCGAGUUCCCUGAGCACUUCCUGCAGCCUCUGGUGCCCCUGCCUUUUGCUGGCUUUGUGGCACAGGCCCCCAAUAACUACCGUCGCUUCCUAGAGCUCAAGUUUGGCCCCGGGGUCAUUGAGAACCCCGAGUACCCGAAUCCUGCACUCCUGAGUUUGACAGGUGGUUGAACCCCCAACACCCGCACCUGUGGUCCCUGGGAUCAGAGGAACAGUGGGACACUGAGAGUUUCUUUUAGCUUCAGUGGUCUAGUGUGGAGAUGCUUCCUUUGAUGGGGUUUGUGGGCCAUGUGCUGGAGACAGGAAGCCCCAGAAGAGAGAGAACCUGGCUCUUCCAGGAAGAACCAGGCCCAGGACCGGAAGCAACAAAGUUUCCAGUGAUCCUUCCCCCUUUGGGCCGCAGAUGUGACUUGGGACAUCUCAGUAAUUGACAAAGCUACAGGUGUGCCAAGGGGUCCUUUAGGGCCUGACAUAGUCACGGACCUCAGAGAAGUGUCCUGGCCCUGAUCUGGAACAGUUUGGGGAAAACAGGUUGUGAAUUGUGGCGCUGUGACUUUGGAGCAGUCACUGCCUCACUUUUCUACUGGAUUCACAGGGCCCUGGACUGACUUCACCCUGGGACCAGUAUGGAAGUAAGCACUCCAGACCCUUGGCUGCAGGGAUUGCUUGAUCCACCAGAGGGCGUGUCUGUCCUGCUCCUGGUACCCUUCUGUGGCUUUCAGGGUGACACUGAGCCAGCCCAGUGCCAGAGUCCCAUAGCCCUCCUCUCUUGAGUUUUUGGUCUCAGAAACACUAUGGGUGGUAGGACAGCAGUGGUCGUCUCCCCCUCUGCAAUGUGACGCCUUCCCUACGGUACUGCAUGAGGUCCCUGCUGCUCUUAACCCUGACUUGCUGAGGAGGAGACAGCUCCCAGUACGGUGGGCUGUGCUUAAACCGGGUCUGGAUCCCUGCUCAUCCUUACCAUACCUCAGUACUUCGGCUCUCAGGGCCUGCACCACACUAGCCAGGAGGCCAACAGUAGCGUGACACAUAGUGACAACCCUUAGCAGGUACUGCAAGUCACUUGGUAUAAAUACGGACUCACUGACUUAUCCUCACUUCGUCCCUCUGAAGUGACAGCUGCUAUUUGUCCAUUUUUAUACUGAGGCCAAAGUGGUGACGUCACUUGCCCAAGACCAGAGGGCUGCAGAAUUAAUGGAUCAGGGACUUGAACUCAGGCCAGCAGGCUCCGGAGCCCACAUUUGACUUCUUCAUCCCUCUGCCCCCUCUAAAAAUGGUCCCCAAAAGUGGUUGGGAGUCCCCAUUUCAUGGGAAAAUAGUAUUGGGGCAUGUACUGCAGUGUGUGUAUUUAUAAAUUAUGCACAAAUACAAAUCAUUACAUAUGGCUUACAGUAUUCCAUCUUACAAUAAAAUGUGAG